GCGUUUAACUUUAGACUCUCUCUCUCCCCCCUCUCCCCUGUCUGUAGUCUGUACUUUAAGCUCUAGUCCCUCUCCAUUUCUCUCUCUCUCUCUCUCUCUCUCUCACACACACACACGUAUCUGAGUAGGAUCUUCGAUCUCACUCAAAUUGCGUCUGAGCCAUCUUUGUUCUCUUGUUACAUCAGAAGAAGAACUGUCCCUUCCCCUGUUCAGAGAACCACCCCCUGCUCCUCUCUUCUUCAACGAGGAAUCUCCGGCGCAAAUUAACCCUCACGCACACGACGCAGCAAAUCACCCGCGCAGACACAGAGAGCGAGAGAGAGAGAACAGGCCAGCUUCUUCUUCAUCGCUCUCCAAAACUCUCCGGCCGUUAUUAUGAUUCUCAGAAAGGCUGUCGUGGCGAAGCUCGUGUUUUGGGUCUAGGCUUCUUCUUCUUCUUCUUUCUGCUGUUCGUCGUCUUCUUUGGCCUCUGGGUUUCGGAUCGCUCGUUGUGUCAUGGCUGGUAGUAAUGAAGUCAACGCCAAUGAAUCUAAGAGAGUUGUUCCCUUAAACACAUGGGUACUCAUCUCUAACUUCAAGCUAGCAUACAAUCUCCUCCGCCGGCCCGAUGGGACCUUCAAUCGAGACUUGGCUGAGUUCCUCGACCGGAAAGUGCCCGCCAACUCCGUCCCUGUCGAAGGAGUCUUGUCGUUCGAUCAUGUCCAUCGCGCCACUGGCCUUCUGAACCGGGUGUACUUACCGGCGCCCGACGGUGUGUCUCAAUGGGGAUUUGAAGAGAUCGAUAAGCCUCUGAGCACCACCGAGGCUGUCCCUGUCAUUUUAUUCUUCCACGGCGGGAGCUUCAGCCACUCCUCCGCCAACAGUGCGAUUUAUGACACCUUCUGCCGCCGCCUCGUCGGCCUUUGCAAGGGGGCGGUCGUGUCGGUGAAUUACCGCCGCUCGCCCGAACACAGAUACCCCUGUGCCUACGACGAUGGUUGGGCAGCCCUGAAGUGGGUGAAGUCGAGACCAUGGCUGAUGAGUGGGAAAGACUCUAAAGUCCAUGUGUAUUUAGCUGGCGAUAGCUCGGGCGGUAACAUCGCUCAUCACGUGGCGGUCAGGGCUGCCGAGGCCGAGGUGGAAAUACUAGGUAACAUCCUUCUUCAUCCUUUGUUUGGCGGGCAAGAAAGAACUGAAUCCGAGAUGAGAUUAGAUGGGAAAUACUUUGUUAGACUAGAGGAACGCGAUUGGUACUGGCGGGCUUAUCUCCCCGAAGGGGAAGACCGCAACCACCCUGCCUGCAAUCCCUUUGGUCCCCGCGGCAAAAGCCUCAAGGGGCUUAAGUUUCCAAAGAGCCUCGUCGUCGUGGCGGGUCUGGAUCUUCUCCAGGACUGGCAAUUAACUUAUGUGGAAGGGUUAGAAAGGAACUGUCAAGAAGUGAAGUUGCUAUAUCUGAAGGAGGCCACGAUUGGGUUUUACUUCCUCCCGAACAACGAGCAUUUCUACUGCCUCAUGGAGGAGAUCAAGAACUUUGUCAAGAUUGACUGUUAAAUAUAAAGACCCACUUAACCUUUACUUACUUACAGGCAGAAGCAGUCCAUACAUAACACAAGCUUGACUGUUUUCGGGUUCUGUACUCGGUUUUCCAUCUAUCGCGGUGGUGGUUGUGUAGUAUUUUUCUUCAGGGUUUUUCUUCCCUCUCUUUGCUGUUCUAGCAUUCUUGGCGGCAGCAUGAAUGAGAGUUGUAUCGAUCGGUCGGGUCUCUUGAGAGGGUGGCCUUUGUCGUGGCGGAUCGGACUCUGCUAUACAAAUUAGACGGAUCGUCUUACAUCUACUAUAACCUCUCACUGUGUUAGGCUUCCAGCUGAGGAGGAUUCCUGGGGUGGCGGGGCUCGUGGCAUCGACGCGUGGUGGUCGAUCGAUCUAGUCUUAGCAGGUGAUGAUCAUUCUUAGGAGCACUAAUUUCUGAACUUUGAUUAUACAAUCCUUGGUAUGGAAAUAUGUAUCUGAUACUUGUGGCCUAGAGCAAAUACAAGAAGAGGCUUUUGCCU